AUGCAUCUGGUUUCUAUGGGCCUUGUUCAUACAAUUGCCAGUGAAAAUGCGACUACAAGUGAAGAUCGGGGUAAGACUAUUAUUUUCAUUCGUCACCAUCUGGACAUUCCUUUACCGUCCGAAUAUUUGACAGUGAAAGAUCCACUUGAUUUGUGGAAUGAAUUGAGGGAGAUAUUUGAGCACUUCAAAUAUAUCACUCUCCCCAAAGCCCGACAUGAUUGGCUUAACCUGCGGUUGCAAGAUUUUAAGACUGUUAUAGAGUACAACUCUGUUAUCCAUCAGAUUACAUCUCAGUUGAUCCUCUACGGCAAAAUUGUUACUGAGAAUGAUAAAUUGGAAAAGACUCUCUCUACCUUUCAUGCUUCUAAUGUUGUACUGCAACAACAGUAUCGUGAGAAAACUUUCAAAAGUAAACCCCAAUAUGGGGAUAUAGCCGAAAAGGCUAAACAAGGAAAGAGACAAAUCGACAUUUGUAAUCGGUGUGGCAAUGAAGGCAAUUGGGCCAAUACCUACAGAAUAACCAAGCACUUAGUCGAUCUUUAUCAAGCCUCACUGCAGAAAAAAGGGAAGGAGGUCGAGAUUAAUCAUGUUGAUAAUGAUGAUGACCCCGAUGAUGAUCUUCUGGAUUACGACACAACGCAUCUUGAUAUAGCUGAUUUUGUUGUAGAUCCAGCAAACCCCCAGUGA